GGACUCGCCCUCAUACAGUGUCCUACUCCCAAAAGCAUGGCGAACCUCCCUAGGAAGCUGGAGCUGUUCUACGAUGUGCUGUCCCCCUACUCCUGGCUGGGCUUUGAGCUCCUGUGUCGAUAUCAAAACAUCUGGAAUAUCAACCUUCAACUUCGUCCAAGCUUCAUCGCGGGGAUCAUGAAGGACAGCGGGAACAAACCACCUGCCUUGGUACCACGGAAAGGCAAAUAUAUGAUGAUGGACCUCCAGCACCUAAAGAACUUUUACCAAGUUCCCAUUCGGAUUCCCAAGGAUUUCCUCAAUGUGAUAUUAGAGAAAGGGAGCUUGAAUGCCAUGCGAUUCCUCACAGCUGUCAACAUGGAGAAACCUGAGAUGUUGGAGAAAGUGUCUCGAGAGCUGUGGAUGCGUAUCUGGUCACGAGAUGAAGAUAUCACAGAACCUCAGAGCAUCUUGGCUGCUGCAGAAAAAGCAGGACUUUCUAAAGAACAGGCUAAGAGACUACUGGAAAAUUCUUCAACUGACAAGGUGAAGAACAAACUAAAGGAGACCACAAGUGCAGCCUGCAAUUAUGGGGCGUUUGGGCUACCCACCAUAGUGGUCCACAUGGAUAACAAACCCUGCGUCAUCUUCGGCUCUGACAGAAUGGAGGUGCUGGCCUACCUGCUAGGGGAACAGUGGCUAGGCCCCAUGCCCAGUGCUGUGAAAGGCAAACUCUAAGCAAUUAUAGAAAAGGAGGAGCUGCACAUCCUUAGGAACCAAGCCCUUCCUCCCCAAAGUGUCCUCAUCAUGGAAUCCAGGAUGCGGGGGUUCUGCAUUCUUACAUUCUCACAUUUGAGGGAAAUGUGAUAUGUUAUCCUGAAUUUACAGCCCUGAGAUUGUGCUAUUCCUUCUGCUCACAAGUGCCUUAGGUAUGAACUCAACCUUUAUUGUUUCAACCAAAUAAACUCCCCACUGGGGAAGACACUUGUGUGCCUGUCACCA